CUGUGAUUCGGUCUUCCGUACUUGCGCGCGCAUACCCCCGAGCCAUCGUGUCCCUUUUAAUCCUCUGCGAAAGAACCGGUGGCGGUCAUCGAUCUUCUUCUUUGCCGGACCAAGGUCUCCUUGACCGCUCAGAGCUUCGGCCAUUGUUGGAUCCUGUACCCUUUCUUCUGCUGCUCGUCCUUUUGUUUUUCUUUAUUUACCUUCUUCUCUGUUGCCCUUCUCUACCUAUCUUCCUGUCUCCCUCCUUGCCUUAACGACCACGGCCGCACAUUUAAAUGAUUUGGAUGUCUGGGUUUACCAUAAUACUGCAAUAACUGGCUUUAUUCUAUUUAAUAUCCAGUGAGUUGGCUUGUUUAGUAAGGAGAGAAGUGGCCGCUAUUUUUGUUAAUGGUCUCUGUCACUAACACUGACUGCCUUUAGCCACGGCUCAUUCCUCUCCUUUUUCUAAUAACAUACACACAUCCAACCAACCUAUACGGCUUCUCUCUCGGCUUCUCCCUCUUUCUCUCCCUCUCUCUUCCCUUUUUCGUUGCCUUCAGGUUCCUGCGGUAUCUUCUGUCGGCAUCUGCAUAAUCAAUCCCUGGCUGUUAUCAUCUAGGGUGGGAGGGAGUUUUUUAUAUUCUAUCAAUCAUGCCUUGUUUUAAGGGCCUUGCAGUCAGCAUUCAUACGCCUAAUGGGCCACUUGCCGAAUACUCGGUUCAGCGCCAUUCCCGUGCCUCUCGAAUUGCCUGCUACAUCCCGGUACCGCCUCCUAAGCUUCCCAACUCAGCCACUGGGAAGCCAGAACAGUCGACAUUCGCCAUAUCAAUCACCCUCCUCACACCAGGUCUGACAGUCCCUUAUUCCACGCCAAAAGCUACGCCAGAUAACCCCUAUCCGAGGCCCAAGAUUGUGGGAGGCCUCCCGGACCAGCCUACUUCUGGUUCUUCCAUAGGCCCAUAUCAACCCAUGACAGCCUCCCCGCGAGAAACAGUUGCAGCAUAUAUCUAUUUUGAUGGCAGGCAGAAAGAAGAAGUGGCCACCUUAUUAAGAAGGGGUGAAGAGACUUGGGUCAAUUCGAGGUGGGUAGGUGUUCCGCAAUCCGAAGGCGGUGGGCUUGCCGAACGAGAAUUCUUGUUUCGUGAAGUCGGCCUAGAACGAUGGCUUAAUGGAUUAGAUCUCGAGGGCAAGGAUGCUGCAGAGAAAAUUGAACGAAGACGUCAAAAAAUGGAGAAAAGGAGGCGAAAACGAGAGCUCCAACAACGCAAUGAAGACGCUGCUAAUGCGGCUGCAGACGAAAGCAUGGAUCUGGAUGACAAGAAGCCAAAGCUUCUGCGGGAGAAGGGUGUUCUUCGUUAUGGAGCAAAUGAUCAGUCGCCCGUGGAGCAGCUAUCUGACGAUGCGGAAUUGCUAUCCACAGAUUCGGACUUUGAUGACGACCCUAUCCCAGAAACGGCCGGUCAGAUUAAAGUAGCCUUGUUCAGAGUUUUGGCUUCCGGCGAGAUCAAGCGUGGAGAGUAUUCUCCUCAGUUUGAUGCCCAUGAUGAUGAUGAGGACCUGCAUGGUGGUCCUGGCGGCGAUCAAGAGUCGAAUGGAAACGGCAGCACGGCAGAUAUAGACCAUACCACCAGCUUUGCGAAGCCAAAGUCACUAGACCCCAAGUCCAUCAGCACUCAGACGGUCACCGGAAUCGAUCCAACCGAUAAGCCCUAUGCCAUCUUUACAUUCAUGUAUAGGGGCGAACGCCAAUUGCAGAAAAUGGGGAUAUUAAAGGAUCCCAAGUCCCAAGACAAGGAGUCUCUUAAAUCAGCUCGUCGAAAGUCUACACAGCCCGAUUUUGCGAAUAUCAAACCACUGAAGCCGGGUGGCACUACCGGCUUUGUCGGCUUUAGAGAUCGCGAAAAGGAGCAGAAAACUGGUAAAAGAAAGAGCUCCAAUGGAAACGAACUCGACAGUGACGACGAUGAAGAUGACGAAGGUGUCUCUGUUUCCAUUGUUGGUAAGGCUGAGGAUGAAGAGGAGAAAGAGGGCAACUCUCUCCUAUCUCCCGAUGAUGCCAAGCGGCAGGGUGAGCUCGCAGAAGGUGUUCGGCAGAUAAAGGUAUGUGCAUCAUGGACCUCUUUUCUUAACUUCACCAUGGCAUGAUGGGACGCUAACAUAGCAUUGCAACUCCUUUUUAGCUCAAACGACAGCACUCUGCCGAGCCCUUGUCCGCCGCGGCCGGUCUCGCAGAUCCCGCGAAGGCUUCAAAAUCAAGCACUCCCGGAGCAAGGCUUUCCCCGCCAGUAACAGCCAGGCACGACUCCACACCACCUCAUAGUAGUCUGCCCAAGGAGACAAGUAUGAAUUUACUCGACAAUGAUGCCUAUGUUGGUAGCCCGCUCAAAAAACAAAGGGCAAGCAUAUCGGCAACUGACGAGAAUGUUCAUCGUCAGGGGGCAGUGACUGGCUUAUCAUCUAAGAUUCACGAGAUCAUGGACACUACUGCUACUGCUACCUCGAGCAGCAUAACCAACCACAAUACAAGCACCACCACUGCUAAUAAUGAUAGCCUAGGUGGGAGCUUAUUCUCGGAGGGUAUAAUGCAGUCUGAUAUAAAGUCACCCGGCUUAGAGGAGGAGUUGUAGCGAACGGGCCCUACCUUUGAUUAAUGUUCCAGGGGUUCAACAAAAACAAAGAGAAUUCAUGCAGCUCCCUUUUACCGUUCCUUCUCACCUUUCUCCGUACUCACCUAACUACAGCUUCAAUUUCUAUAAUAUUCUACCCAUCUCUUGCAGUGUCGAGAGAAACUAGUCUGAUUGAUGACCCCCCCUUUUUUAUUAAUCCUGUCCACUCAGACAGCAAGGCGGAAUCCACCGCGCCAUCAUUCCGACUCCCGAUAUACCGUGGAUAAAUGGACAAACGGAACAAGAGCAAAUUAAAAUCUGCUAGCUUUCUUGCGAUUUGGUGCUGUCCACUCUUCCUUUGGUCCCUAUGCAUGCAUGUAUCUCUCUUGUGGUCUUUUGGCACCCAUCUGGUGCAGAGCAGGUGUUGGCAUCCAGGAUCAUUAUCUCAAAUGCUCCGUACGUCGCAAAGAAACAAGAGUUCUGCCUCCUAUACUCGUAUCAGGAAGUUAUAAAUAUAUGGAUCGUCGCUCCGUAACUCUCUGUCCAUUUUUUUGUGUCUUUCCUUGAGCUCUUCAGGCAUUUUUAUAUUGAUUCAAAAUUCCUGCACUGUGCGUCUGCAGGCAGGUUAACUCACGUCAGCCCUUACUUAUACUUCGACAAAUUCUUUUGGGCCGGAAGCACAAUGGCCGACUCCGUUUCUCUUCCCCUUUACGCCGUCCCUUACGUAGUGGUAGAUUAGCUGCCGCUGCCGCUGUCGGUAGUGGUGGCGGUCUGCUAGAGGACGGAGCACUCUGUGCAUACACCUGUUGGUGGUGGCCUUUGUCUUCCCUUACGACCAGCAAGGGGUCCCCACCGUGUCUUUCUGGCAUCGACUCUAUACGACUGACGACUGGAUAGGCUUUACUCUCGGUUAUAUUAUGUUCGGACUAUGGAACAGGGAAAGGGGAAACAUCCCCUGCCCAAACGCAAAAGCCCACAAAAAUCCCUGCCGGAGCCACGCUUAGCUGAGCUGCGAUAUAGCCGUCCUUGCAGAGCGACGAACGACCACCAAGCGACGAGCGAACCAACCCCUCCAUCAGCUCUUGCAUCUGCAUCGUCGAUCAAGAUAAUCGGUCAUGACAAUAAUGAUAACAUUAGUAACAGUCAUAUUAAUGGUGAUUUUGGUCGAUCUCGAGAAAGAUUCCCCUUUUCUUAUUCGGCAGGACAUCGCAUCUCCCUUGCCCAUCCAUCAGCAGCCGGCGGUCAUCAUGUUAGUUAGAGCCAUCUGGCUGUUGGGAGGCAAGCUACCUCGAGAGCAAGCCACCAACGAAACAGAUGGAGAAGGAAAGACGAUCCUUCUUUUUCCAAAUAGCUAUUAUUUCCCGUCGGCCUCCUUUUUCCCUUUUCUCCCCUUUUCUUCUUCAUUGUCAAGCUUCCUACCAAUCAUCAUCCAAGCGGCCAGAAAAUCGCCCCAGAAGCCAUCCUGAGCAGUCAAGAAAGCCUAGACGAGCAAGCCGAAGCCCA